AACAAAUAAAUCGCACUGUAUAUAACAAAUAUAUUCAUUAGUAUGUUGUGUGUGACCGCGUAAUCAGCACGAAACUAAAAUGCACGUUAAAGUCCCAGAUGUGAAGAAAUGUUGUUUUUGCAUUCCUUUACGGCGAGGGAUACUUUUGUUUGGGAUUGUAAAUAUUAUUAUAUCCAUCGUAGCUGUGUCGUUUCUAGUUAUCACGACAGAGCUACACAGGUCAACGGCAUUGAACGACAAUACUAUGGAGGUGACUACCUCUACUGUUCUCUUCAGUAUCUUUGGAAUGAGCAUGAUAUUAAAUAUCUUGCUACUCGUGGCUGGAUAUCAGAAAGACAUCUCAAUGUUGCGUUUGUAUAAUUAUUACGGCGUGGUCACUAUAUUCGCGGCAUUGAUCCCAACUUUCAUGCUGCUCUCUCGGAAGAUGGUUUUCAAAGUUUUGGCCGCCUUCAUAGCUAUAGCAAUGCAAAUUUACGUCAUCAUAUUAGUGAGGAGUGAAAUUGUCAAGCUAGAAAAGGCUCAAAUAAAAAUAGACGAUGAAGUACCGCCGCCGUGUCCCGAGGAGGCUUUUGUUGAUGCCGAUACAGAAACUUUACUGUAGCUAACGUUUUAAACCCGUAAGUCGAUCUUUGGAAAUGAUAAAUGAAAAAUAAAAAUAUUAAUGAUA